UGGGCGUCGACUCUUGCGUUGUCAACUUGUUGCGCCUGGUAAAUUAUCAAUUGAGGUGAGGCGUAAAAGAAGUCAGCCGCGCCGUCCAGGGAAAUCCUAAGCAAUUCGAUGAAACACGGACCAACUCUUACUGCAGAUGAGCUGCUGAAAUUGCAAGAAGGACGUCCGACGAAACGGCCGAGGACGACAUCUACUUUCAAAACUUUUGCAACAGAGGAUUUCGACCAAUCAUCUGCUUCGCAUUCUUCCUCUGAGGACGUAGAAUCUGAGGAUAUAAUAGAAGACUCAGAUGCUGAGGAGCCCCGAGAUCAGUCGUCGAGCGAGGAUGAGCACCAUGAGCCCUCAUAUAAGCCUCCCUCUGUAUUCGAGGACCAAGGACGAGUGAAGUUAUCUAUCACCCGAGAACUCAAUGCGAAGGACAAACAUUCCUCGUCUGCUCUUGUGCCCCCCGCAGGAUCAUUUACUGAUAUGGGUGUGGUGCCUCCUCUCGAAGCUGCUCUUGCGCGUAUAUCUAUACGAGCUCCGACAGAGAUUCAAGCUGCCUGUAUUCCUCCCCUGCUUGCAGGGAGAGAUUGCAUUGGAAACGCAAAGACAGGCUCUGGGAAGACUAUAGCAUUUGCAAUCCCAAUCUUGCAGAAGUUAUCUGAGGAUCCAUAUGGGAUAUUUGCGCUGGUACUGACACCUACAAGGGAAUUGGCAUUUCAGAUAUCUGAACAAUUUGCAGUGCUUGGUUCUGCAAUAGGCGUCCGGACGUCUGUCAUUGUUGGUGGCAUGGACAUGAUGACACAAGCUUUAGAACUCAGCGGCCACCCACAUGUUGUAGUAGCCACUCCUGGGCGUAUUGUUGACCACUUGCGGAGUAGUAACGGCGAAUGGGAUUUGUCUCGUGUUAAGUUUCUCGUAUUGGAUGAAGCGGAUCGCCUUCUUACUUCGACUUUUUCCCCUGAACUCAAAUAUUUGUUCGAGACUCUCCCAAGCGAUCGGCAAACUUGUCUUUUCACUGCUACCCUGACGCAAGCAAUUGAGUCCUUAGUUGAAGCCCCGCCGAGACCUGGGAAGGUGAAACCCUUUGUCCAUAGAACACUAUCAACUGUCGAAACGGUCGCGACACUGAAGCAACAUUACGUCCUGGUUCCUUCGCAUGUCCGGGAGCCUUAUCUUUACCAUCUACUUUGCAACCCUCCGGAAAGCGUCGCAUCACUCCGGAGGGCACCCCCAGAACCAAUCAAAUUGGGAAAACCCCGAGGAAAUUCAAGAUACCGGGGAAAGACCAGAGAGUCGCGAAAACCUGAUCCGGACGAGGAUAUACCCUUACAACCACCACCUACCAUCAUUUUCUGCACAAAGCCUCGGACAGUUGCUUAUCUUACUUAUCUGCUUCAGACUUUGUCCAUUCGCAGCACCGCGCUACAUUCAAGAUUGACACAACGCGAACGGUUGACGUCCUUAUCACUUUUUCGGUCCUCUUUUAUUCCAGUCCUUGUCUCAACAGAUGUUGGCGCCCGUGGUUUGGACAUUGAGGACGUGGCGAUGGUAAUCAACUGGGACCUGCCAAAUGAGCCCGAAGAAUACACUCACCGAGUGGGCAGAACUGCACGUGCAGGUAAAGGGGGUGUUGCCAUUAGUUUUGUGACAGAAAAGGAUGAGGAGCGGGUAUCGAAAAUAGAAGGACGCAUCGGCAUCCAAUUAGAGGCGAUGACCAUGCCAGAAAAUAAGGUUUUAGAAAAAUUGAAUGCCGUAUCGACAGCGAAAAGGGUGGCAAAUAUGGAAUUGCAUGAUUCGAACUUUGGCCAACGGGAAGAAAUACACAAAUUAAAGUCCAAGAGAAAAGUGGAGACAUAAUUGAUUGCGUUCGUCAGUUACUUAUGUAUUUAACGAUGACAACGGGUGCAUUUCUCGGUCAAAGUCCCAAGCUGCGUCCGUAACGUGUUUCUCACUCCACGGCAACCUGGUGUGCACUAGACGCUGGUCUCGUCACCAAUAUUUAACGUUCUGGAAAGCGGGGUUGAAAAGAAAGUUAGGGACCGGAAGAACCCGAUUAUGGUAGUUCGCUCUCGAUCGCCAAUAUCAAACUCAGCGAACCUAUAAUAGCGUCUUUA